AUGUCAGCAACAGCGACAACAACAAGCAAAAUGAUAUCUCAAACCAUCUCCACCCUCUACAGCAUCCUUUCAACAAUACCCCCAUCUCAAUACUGCCAAUCCUUCUUCCUCUUCGCCGCAGCAGCCGUCUCGGCGAUUGCAGUCCUCCCCUCAGACCUCAAGCAAAUCCUCGUCGACUAUGGCGCCCGGGCAUCUUCACCAAAACCCAGCAACAGCGCCGUGUUGUCAUGGCUGUCAACCCUGACGAAACACACCCAGGUCCCGCACUCGUGGUUUGCAAUCUUUUACGUUGUGUCAGUGGCCUGGUCGGUGUUUUGGCUGGGGCAGUUCCUCUACGGUGGACAGGUCAUCAAGUUCAUUGCAGAGCAAGAGGUGGAAUAUGGAGGGAAUGGGAAAGGGAUGGGGUCGGUGCAAGUGCUGGCCGGGUGGGCGAUGAUGUUCCUCCAGGGGGCGAGGAGGACGUGCGAACACUUGUUUGUGGUGAGGGCUUCGAGCACGUCGACGAUGUGGGUUGUUCACUGGGUGCUUGGGUUGGGGUUUUACUUGGGGGUUGGGGUGGGGGUUGGGGUUGGGGGGGCGGAUGCUAUCUUGAACCGGCGAACAUUAGAGUUGAGCAGGGAGGAGAUGGUUAAGCUUGGUGUUGCGGUUCCGGUGUUCUUCUACGCCUGGGCUAACCAGUACAAAUCUCACAAACAUUUGGCUGGACUAAAGAAAUAUUCACUGCCUACAGAGGGACUGUUCAGGUGGUUCGUCUGCGCUCAUUACACUUGCGAGUGUUUGCUGUACUUGUCUAUGGCUGUGGCUACGGCUCCGGAGGGGGUUUGGUUCAACAGGACGCUGGUGUGUGCGUUGGCUUUUGUGGUGGUUAACCUUGGCGUUACGGCUUCUGGGACGAGGAGGUGGUAUGAAGAAAAGUUUGGGAAAGGGGCGGUGGAGGGGAGGUGGAAUAUGAUUCCGUUUGUGUUUUAA